AAAUCGGAAAGUUGACACAAACUUUCAACAUUUGCCUUUUUGACAGUGCUUCGAUUUUCUUGCAAUAUCAUGUAAACUGAUUGGAUUUAUCUGCAAAUUUUGUGCGUGGAUUAAGGUUAUAGUUGCCGGGAUGGCGACAGAUACGGAUAUGAACUCGCCACGAGGUGAUUCGGUGGCAGCAAAGCGAAUUCUUGUCUACCGAAAUGGUGACAGUUUCUUCCAAGCUCACAAAGUGGUUGUCAACAAACGUGCAUGCAAAACUUAUGAAGCCCUGCUUCGCGAUGUCACUAAUUCAUGCAAACUUCCUAAGUUCUGUCGAUGUUUAUACACCCCUAGAAAUGGCCAUAGAGUUAAAGGACUUGACGAGCUUGUGUCUGAUAAAGCUUAUGUUGCUGCCGGCGGAGAGAAAUUCAAGAGAAUAGGGUAUACUGAAAUUCAGGACCCACUUCAUAAACGGCCGACACGGCGAUUAGUGAGAGAUAUCGAGCCGGUGAAACAUAGUAAUAUCCAUGCAUCCGCACGCUUUAAGAAGGUUAUGCAGCUUUCACCUCUCACUAUUUUUGUAUACCUCAACGGUGAGUUUCUGCGGCCCGCCUCGCGUAUCCUCCUGACGCCACGCUUGCUGAACAUGCACAACAUCGAUGCCAUCUAUGAGACAGUUCAAGACAGAGUUAUUACUGGCAAAGGUGCUAUUGCAAAGUUGUGUACACUGGAGGGCGCCCCUGUGAGGGAUGCAGCUGACCUCAAGAACCUGGAAUAUUACGUCGCUCUUGGCAAAUACGAGUCAUUCGUCAACUGCGGCUAUGGAAGGCCGCGGGAACCGUUAAAGUUAUCUCCCAGGUUAGAUCGGAGAGAUCAAGGCCUCUACACCAAGCAAGGACGAAACAACCAUAGCUUCAAAGCCAAGCGGUACGGCAAUUCCUAUCCGAAUUCAGUAGAAUCAGGCUCCAGUACAUCUAAACCCAACAGCGAACCCUCACCAUCUAAAAUACAUGGCUCAAGUUAUGGUGGCGCGAGCAAGAGCAAGACAGCGCCCGGCAGACACACGGACAACUACAAGAAAGGAGCCAUCAACAAGAACAACGAUAAUGAUCCAUUCUAUUCUAAACCAGUCACACACAAACGUAGUGGCGAGGCCAAGCACAGGGAGGUGAAUUAUGAUAACGAGGACGACAUCUUCCGUGCUUCCAGCCGUGAAAAAGAGCGUGCCGCCGAGGUUGAGGAGACACGUGACACCAAGGUUGAUCUACCUGUCGACCAGGUUGAAGCCGAGGAAGUGAAGGAGGAGCGUCCCCGCUACAACUUCAACGAUGAGCCUGAAGAUGACAUUUUUUCACCGAGAUCGGGAGAAUAUGAAUUUGAGCAGGAGGACAAUGGGUUUAACUUUGGGGCAAGCUCCAACAGACGCCAGAGUACGACCAAUCAGUAUCAAGCACAGGAGCCCUUCGCUCUCCCUGGAGCGGCCAUUGAGGAGGAGACUGAAAAGCAAGUAGCAGAGGCAAGCUUGAAACAAGACAGCGUGGAUUUCAGUAAUCCGUCAGGAGGCUUUGGUAAUCCGUCAGGAGGCUUUGGUAAUCCGUCAGGAGGCUUCGACGCUGCUCAGGACACACCAAAGGAGACCAAGACAUUCGAUGAUGACGAUGAUUUGUUUGGUGAUGGUGGUGAUUACACGUAUAGUUACGGUGAUCGCAAAAAGGAGGAAGAUGGCGCUGGAAAUGACCAGGCGGUCAGCGACAACAACGAUUUGACCAAACGGCCGUCUGAGGGACAGGUCGCUGUCCCCGAUGAGCGCACAAAGACCACUGGGGACAAGGCUACCGAUGUCCCGGUCAACGCAGAUCCAUCAGGCGCAGGCCAAUCAGCCAAUAAUAAUGCAGAGGCAGAAUCAAACACUCGCGAAGCCUCGGGCUCUGCUCAUAGCAUUCACAGAGCAAGCAGCUCUGCUGAUAACACUGGUAGUGCAGAGGCGGUUGGCCUUGGAGAAGAAAAGGGCGACGAGAAGAGGGAUGAUGAGGAGGGGGGCAAGGAGGAUGAUGAUGAAGAUCAAAAGAGGGAAAAAGCUGCCACGCAAAUCCAGAAAAACGUGCGUGGCUAUCAGCAGCGGAGGAAGUACCAGGGCACUAAGAAAAAGAAAAAGGACCCCAAAGCUAAAGGGACUAAAGCGGUCGGUCAGAUUAAGUCUGCAAAUAGUGGUGAAAUAGAGGGCAAAAAUGUGAAGCAGAAAAAGGUUCUUCCAGUACUGACCGAGGUUGUCGGACUAGAUAACAACUUGUACCAUAUCACGCUACAUAUAUGUCUGCAGCUCGCUAACGGAGAGCCAAUCACACGACCCGCUAGAGCAACAUUCCAGUUUCAAUUCUGUCGCCCCUUUCAGGAGGAUGAAAUGAAAAAUGCUGCCGUUAAAAUUCAGGCAAAUUACCGUGGCUAUGCUACUCGUCGGGAUCUCAGAGAGCAAGGAUAUGCCAUGGAGACAAGACAGGUCCAUCGAAGUCAUGAAGAGGUCAUGGAAGAGACUGAAGCCGCUACUAAAAUACAGGCUACAUUCCGUGGUCACAAAGCUCGAAAAGAACUUGCUGAAGAAACUGAAGCAGCUACGAAGAUCCAGGCUGGUUUCCGUGGACACAAAGCUCGGAGAGAACUCGCUGAAGAAAGACAAGCAGCAACUAAAAUCCAAGCUGGUUUCCGAGGCAACAAAGCUCGCAAAGAACUUGCCGAAGAAACUGAAGCAGCUACGAAGAUCCAGGCGGGUUUCCGCGGACACAAAGCUCGCAAAGAACUUGCUGAAGAAAAGAAAGCAGCCACGAAGAUCCAGGCUGGUUUCCGUGGAUUUCAAACACGGAAGGAGCUCUCUGUGCAAGCUGAGGAAGACCAAGCCGCAACUAGAAUACAAGCAACAUUCCGUGGCCGUAAAACACGCCAAGACCUUGCUCAGCAAAAGCGGAAUGACGCUCAGACUAAAAUCGCGGCCAAUUAUCGAGGUUAUAAAACCCGCAAAGACUUGACUGCCAAGAAAGAGGCUGAGGCUGCCAACUAAAUGUGAUCCAUCACAUCACCGUCACAGAUUUUAUACUUCAAACGUUCCUCCAUUGAUCGUCAUGUUUCAUGGACAGGAUAUAACAGAAGUACCAGCACAAGUCCACCAAGUAUUAUCAUUCUCGCGCAAGAAGCUUCACUUGUACAUAAUCAACACUGGAGUAUUAAGUAAUGGACAAUCACUCAUACAACGAUUGUGAUAUCAGUGGACUUUAUAGAGUUUUUUAUCAUUUUCAUUUUCGUCAUCGAAUAGAUUUUUUCUGAAAUUCGGACCAACUUGUUGCCGUUUUUAUCUCUCAUUUUGUCAUCACAUCAACAUUUGAUAAAAACGUGUUAAUCAGCUCCCUGGCCUGUCUCAGCAUGAUCUGAGUGUGUCGCAGAAAUCUGGCGGAGGUGAUUUUCAUUUUUAGGGAUUUCUCACAAUAUGAACAUGUUGAAAUGCACCUCAAAGUAAGGUUGUGGUUCACUUUACACUAAACAUAUAUAAUCUAAAGUUCCUUCGUGAAAGAUUAUAUAUCAGUGGAAAUGGCCCAAAAACCAUUGUUGUUGCUAUGGCGACACAUGUGUUGCUGUGACAACAUGGCCCAAAACCAUUGUUGUUGCUAUGGCGACACGUGUUGCUGUGACAACAUGGCCCAAAAACCAUUGUUGUUGCUAUGGCGACACAUGUGUUGCUGUGACAACAUGAUCAAGAACAGUAUAUGUCCGCAAGGAAGAACAAAUUUGGGAUAAAAAUUCAGAAAUCUUUGUCCUCAUCAUCAUUAUCAUACUUAUAGCGAUUGGUUUGACUUUCUGAUUGGUUUGUGUGGUUUGGUUAACUAUUGUUUCUAUGACAACACACUUGGUUGCUGGGGUGACAUGUGUAUUGCCAUGGCAAUCUGUUUGUGUAAUUAUAGUCAUUAUGUAUCUUUGUUCACCUGAUGAAUUGUUCAUUAUACAACGGCAGCAAAUGUAUGCUUUUUUUUUUUGAUUUGGAAAAUUGUUUUUUAAUUCGGAUAUUUCAUUCAAAUGCUAAGAAGUUGAAAAAUGGUCUCAUGUUGGAAAAUACAAAUCUAUUUGCUGUUUGAGUUAUUUUGGUGAAAUCUUUACAUUUGCAGAGAGUAACUAAAAAAUUCUCAAAUAAUUUAAUGGGCGUUUGUAAAAAUAGUUUUGUAAAAAUAGUUUUGUCCUCCCUUAUUCAUGGUCGUGUCAUAACGCAAUAUUUCAAUCCUGAAAUUCCAAAACUCCAUUUCAAUGUAGAACUACUAGGUUUCUAACUUUUCAAAGGUCAAACUCUAAUCGACAUUUGAAGGUGUAUUCAUCUUCAUGGCUUUAUCAAGGAGAGAUUAUGGUUUUAUCUAACUCGUAGCAAAUCAUUUCAAAGAUGUGAGAAUCUGGUGACAUUUUUGUUGUGUACAUAGUUAGUGGCGUAGUUGUUGGAGCCCGGGGCUCAUAUUCAGGAGGUUGUGGGUUCUUUUCUGACUGUUUUUCUUUGUAUCCUUUGUAUCCAAGACACUUUGAAACUCUAGCUGAAAUAGGGAUAUCAUGAAAUAUUGAUUACUGCCUGUUUGAUUUCCCUUGUAAUCCACAGGUGUGAUUAUUGUUAGGUUCCAUUAAUAAUGCUAUUCUACCUGUUUCUACUAACUUAUCUAUUGUAAUUUAUAAAACUAUUU